GCGUCCGUACUCAAGAACGAAGUGCGAGACGGCCCCUAGAGGAGAAAAGAAACAGAGCUGCUAGGAUCACAGUGGGCAGGGGACGAACUGUAGCUCGUGACACCGAGAGGAUUUGAGGAUCCACUGUCUUGUUUUGUUUGAUUGCAUUGCCUCGAUGCAGCUCUUCGUUUCCUGGCUAUAAAGCGACGGGGGGCCGGAGUUGAGGGAUACCACAAGUUCUUGCCUGCUUUUGCUUGGCUCUGGUUCAGUUCACUGUUUCGUUUUAGAUCCGGGAGGGGUUUGAGAAAGCUGAAUCGUGGCAAGGAAGUGAAUCACGUACCUUAAUUCCAUCCUUAAUGGAAGACUUGUUAUCAGAAUUGUUUGUUCUUUCAGUGGAUCCAUAUUUGCACUGAUUCAAGGCACUGCACAUUUAUACGAGGAGAUCAUUCUAGGAGAGUGAAAGAUAAAAAUGGAUAUCGGAAAUGGAUCGUCAAAUGGGAACCAGCAAUCAGCCCAUAAGGAAAUAUGAGACGAGACCACGCCACUUCUUCCAGUCAAGGUGGAAGAGGUGGAUGGGUUUCAUGAGUUCAACGGAGCUUCGUUCUCUGGGGCGGUUUUCAAUCUGUCGACCACUAUCGUUGGGGCUGGAAUCAUGGCCUUGCCAGUGCUGCCACCAGGGCAAGAUUACAUCAUAUGGGUGGCUGAUGGGUGAGGCAUACAGUCAGUGGGGGAGGAUUGCACUGCAGGCCUCUGUCGUCGUAAACAACAUCGGUGUGCUGAUUGUUUACAUGAUUAUCAUUGGUGAUGUCUUAUCUGGCACAACAUCAGUCGGUGUUCAUCAUCGUGGUAUAUUGGAGGGCUGGUUUGGAGCUCAUUUGUGGAAUUCUCGUGCCAUUGUCCUUCUUGUGACAGCACUUUUGGUGUUUGCUCCAUUGGUGAGCUUUAAGCGUUUGGAUGCAUUGAGAUACACAUCUGCCCUAUCAGUUGCUCUGGCUGUGGUUUUUGUUGUCAUUACUGCUGGGAUUGCCAUCAUCAAACUCUUCAGUGGAACUGUAGCGAUGCCCAAACUUUUUCCAGAAUUAGAAGGUCUUAAUUCCAUCUGGAAGCUCUUUACAGCUGUCCCUGUUCUUGUUACUGCCUACAUCUGCCACUAUAAUGUAAUUUAUCUUGCUGCCAUUCUUAUACCAAGCAUUUUGGACGCGUUCCAGUUUACUGCCAUGGUCAUACUUAGGGAUCCUUAUGGAAUUGCAACCAAGCGUGACAAGAUCCUGUCUAUAACCAUGAUACAGUGACGUGAUGAACAUCUUCUGUAAGAGGAAGGUGGCCUGAACUUCAUAGUUCAGACUUAAAAGGAGAGUUGUCAUUGAUGGAGGAAGCAUGGCUUCGAAUUGCAAAACUCAGAUGCUGUGGAGAAGAUGGUUUACUGGUAUGCAGUGAAGAAAUGUGAUUUUUGGGCAGCACUUGAGGAUUCAGUCACUUGAAAGAAUCGGAUGCUUGAAGUUGCCUGACGUUUUGUACAAAUGGAAGAUCCAAAAGAAAGAAGAAAUUCUAAAAGAAUUAAGAAAAGAGAGAUUGAUAAGUUUGAAGAAAUGAAAAAAGCGUUUGAUGAAAAAUACGAAAUUCUAUUAUCAGACAAAAAGAUAAUGGAUAUUGUUGUACAUAGAAAAACUUCAAAAUAAAGAAUAUAUUUUAAAAGACUAUAAUAAGGUUGAAUCUUAAAAAGAGUCUAUAUAAAGAGACAUCAGUUGAAAGAUGAAAGCUGUUGUAAAUAUUGUCCUUAAAAGGUACGAAGGUAUUUAUAAGGUGCUAUUAAUAAUUUAGGCGUGAAAGAUUUAUAUAGAAGAAGGCAUAUAUCCGUCAUAAAUAGGGAAAUACACCAAUAAUUAAAAAAAAGAUUUCAUACAGAUAAAGAUAUCUAUUGUUGGAGAUAUGCAUGCAAAUGAAGACAAUCAGCAGAAGUGAUAGGUAAAAACAGACGGUUUCGUAUUCUGUCGGUAGACGAAUAUAUUUUAGGCUAUGAGAUUCUAAGCUAUUAACAAAGUACUUGAUCAAAUUUAAGUAAGAGUUGGUCAGAUACUUAGGUAAUAGUUUGGAAUCUCAUAGUCUGAAAUAUAUUCGUCUGUCGAUGGAACGUGAAGCUGUCUGUUUUUACCUAUUACUUUUACUGGUUAUAUUCAUCUGCAUACAUGUCUCCAAUAAUAGACAUCUUUAUCUGGAUGAAAUCUCUUUUUUUUAAUCAUUGGUGUCUUUCCUUGUUUAUGACAAACAUGUGUGUCAUCAGAUAUGUUUUCUUCCAUAUGGGUCUUUCCCGUUCAAAUUAUUAAUAGCACCUUAUCAAUAUAUUCGUAUAUUUGAAGGAUAAUAUUCAUUUAGUUUUUAUCUUUCAACCGAUAUGUCUUUUUAUAUAGCCCAUCUUUUUAAGAUUCGAUCUUAUUAUAGUCUUUUAAAAUAUAUUCUCUAUUUUGGAGUUUGUCUAUCCGGCAAUAUCCAUUAUAUCUUUGUCAGAGAAUGGAAUUUUUAAUUUUUCAUCAUAUGUAUUUUUAUUUCUUCAAACUUAUCAACCAUCUCUUUUCUUAAUUCUUUUAGAGUAUCUUCCUUCAUUUGUAUUUUCCAUUGUGAUGAUAUUGAUUCAAUUUUUUUCUAACUUUUCAGUCUACAUAUGAUCCAUCUAAAAGAUU